UUAUGGCCAGGUUUCAUAUAUGGCUCAAACAUUUCAAAAGUUUCAUUUAUGUCCCAUAAUUUUGGAAGAAGUUUCAAAGCCCAAAAAAAUACAUUUACUCAGACUCGUAAAUUCAAUCAAAAUAUAUUCAUUAGUUUUUUAAAAAAUAAAAAUUCGGAACCCCUAAAUUCAUAUCCACAAAUGUUAAACUUUUAUAAAUAUUUAUGUCAGAGGUAACCUCUCUCAUAAUUAUAGUAUAUAUAAAUGAAACCUCCCUAUAAUUAUGGGACAUAAAUGAAACUUUUGAAACGUGUGGAAUAUAAAUAUGAAACCUAACCCAUAAUUGUGGGAGUCAAAUAAACUCUUAUUAAAUAUUGGGGUCCCAGUCCCACAUGGUUGUAAUUACCUCUGCCUAAAUAGUAAAAAGAUUUGUUCAGUAAAAACCUGCAAAUGUUAUGGAACCAGGCCAUAUGAAUCUCCCCUAUUACUAUUCCCUGAUUUUCAGAAUAUGGAUAGUGUUUAUCCAUACGAAGAAGAUUGUUUUUAUCCUAACCGUAGUUGAACUAAUUAUAGGAACUGCAAGUUGUCUAACUUGUUAACUAUGUGGGUUAUAAGAAAGAUUGUUCCAUGAAUUUUACUUUCAAUUUCUCAUGCACAGGCUCUGCAUUUCUCUUCUACCAUGGCUUCAACAGAUGAUGAAACAAUCCAUGUCAUGUUCCUUCCUCACAUGGCACCAGGACAUAUGAUACCAAUGGUGGACAUUGCCAGGCUAUUUGCUGCAAAUGAUGUUGAAGUCACCAUAAUCACCACCACAACAAACGCUAUUCGCUUCCAAAAUGCCAUUGAUAGAGAUGUCAAAGCUGGUCGGAAUAUCAGACUUGAAAUCAUACCUUUCCCUUUUAAGGACGCUGGCUUACCUGAAGGCUGUGAGAAUUUGAUUUCCACUGCAACUCCAGAAAUGACUAUCAAACUCUUCCAUGGCAUAGACAUGCUUCGAUACCAGAUUGAGAAGCUUUUCCGCAGUCGACAACCCGACUGCAUUGUCUCCGAUCAUCUCUUCCCAUGGACUACCGAUGCAGCUGCUGAGCUUGGAAUUCCAAGGCUUGCCUUCAGCGGCAGUGGAUUCUUCAACCUCUGCGUCACAGACAGCUUAGAGCGCUACCAACCUCACAACAAUCUCAAAUCAGACACAUCAGAUAAUGAAGAGUUUGUUGUUCCAUAUCUUCCAGACCAAGUAACACUUACAAGAUCACAGCUGCCGGACAUCAUUAAAGAAAAAACCAAGUUCUCUGCUUUGUUUGAUAAGAUCAAGGAGGCUGAAAGGAAAAGUUUUGGGGUGUUGAUGAACAGCUUUUAUGAGUUAGAGCCAGCUUAUGCUGAUCAUUUCAUGAAAGUUACUGGAAUGAAGGCAUGGCAUAUAGGUCCUAUAUCAUUGUUCAACAAAGAUGACGAUGAUAAAGCUGAAAGAGGAGACAAGUCGUGUGUUUCCAGAAAUAGAUGCCUAAAUUGGCUCGAUUCCAAGAACCCAAACUCAGUUCUAUAUAUCUGCUUUGGAAGUCUAGUUAGAUUCAGCAAGACUCAAAUAACAGAAAUAGCUUCAGCACUAGAAGACUCGGGCCACUUUUUUGUUUGGGUGGUGGGAAAACUACUAGCAAGAGAAGAUGAAAAGGACCAGCAGCAAGAAUCAUGGUUACCUGAAGCUUUUGAGGACAGAAUAUUUGAAAGUGGCAGAGGAUUGAUUUUGAGGGGAUGGGCACCACAGGUGCUAAUACUCGAGCAUCCAGCAAUUGGCGGGUUCUUGACGCAUUGUGGCUGGAACUCCAUUCUUGAAGGAUUAUGCGCCGGUGUGCCAAUGAUCACGUGGCCGAUAUUCGCUGAACAAUUCAACAAUGAGAAACUGGUAACACAGGUACUGAAAGUCGGAGUGCCAGUUGGGAAUGAGACUUGGAGACUCUGGGCAACAGGGGAAUCACCUUUGAUAAGCAGAGAAAAGAUCACAAGGGCAGUGACUGCAGUGAUGGGUGCUGGUGAUGAACCAACAGAGAUGAGAAAAAGAGCAAGUCAACUAGACAAGACGGCGCAUAAAGCCAUAGAAGAGUGUGGCUCCUCUUACAAUGACAUGAAAUCUCUGAUCGAGGAGAUUAGAGCACACAAGCCAAAAGGAUAAUGCAAAAUAAUAAUAAUAAUCAAAAUGUGAAUAAUAGCCUCUGUCCAACUAUUUAUUUUGUACGAUUUACUUGCGAAAAUUUAGGGUGAUUGCCUGCUCUUGCUAUGUAGACAUAUAAUCAUUUUACAACCAAAAAACAACAAAGAAAACCAAAGUCUUUUUCCUAGACAGCCAACUACCAAGCCUAUAAACAGUCUAGAUCUGCUAUAGAACAACUUAAACCAUGCCUAAAGCCACAUGCACUCAUCCACCGAUUUUGAACUUCCCUAGUCAAACAUUCAGGUGGUAUGCAUACAACAGCUUUAAUUUGGUCUACAUGCGUGCAUAAACCUACUGAUAACAUAUCACCAUAAAAUUUAUCCCAAUGUAGCCAAGAGACAAGCCGAAUGCAAACAAUUCUUUCACCUAUUACCAUAUGUUUUUAUGACGUCCACCAAAAUUAUGCAUAGGUUAAUGCAAUGAAUCAUGUCAAGAACUCAAGAUGCAAUGAAUCAUCUAUAACAGCAAUUCUACCAGCAAAUGAUGCCAGUAGGAUAUCUUUGACGAAAUUAUUAUCCAAAUAGCUAUAUACUGGAUGAUUGAAGUAAAUGCAUUCAAAGUUUCUCCUCCAAGAAGUUAACGCAAAAUAUCAACUAAAACACCCUUUAGCACAUUCAGACCUUAUUUCCUCAUCCAAAGUCUUAUGUUGCUU